AUGUCGUUUGCUCCCAGAUCACUGGCGUUGAGCAAGGGGAUGCGAUGCGCGCAUAAUCGGCUCAGUAUAGCUUCGCGCAUAAAUAUUGAAACGGCAGGAUCACCCCUCUUAUCUUCCGGCCGCAACGUUUCCACUGUGAUAUCGAGGUCGCGGGCUCUCCACUAUGCGUCUGCCACACAACAAUUGCCCUCUAUAUCGUCCUUCCGCGCUCUCUCGAACCUAAGGCAGCCUACCCCAGGAGUCGUAUGCCGCCCCUUCACCUCUAGUCGCAAUGCGGCCCCUUUCCCCCCUACCGAGCCGUCUGGGGAAGAAUAUGUCAACCCAUACAAAGCCAAGAGGAAAUGGCCACCGGACAUGAGCAAACUCUCACCAAAACAACAGUUCAGACUAGAGCGCAAAUACAGGCGCCGGUCGAAACAAAAAUGGGCAAGACCUACGUGGACAAAAUGGACAAAGUUGGUUCAAUGGGGGUUAAUUGGAUUCGUAUUGGUAUAUUCGGUCCUCUUUAUGGAAAUGAAGGAUGCCGGGCCCAAUCCGUUCCAAGGAUUCCGAGAUUAUCUCAAGGGACUACUCGAUGAUUCAGUAUUAUCAGGACGUCGACCUGCGCUUCGAAGCGAAUCUACCUCCCCGGUCGAAAAGACCGGAAGCCAGUAA